AUGGCCUUCCGUGUCCCAGCUCAGGCACCGCGCCGCAGAACCUCAUACUCAGCUCCUCAAAGUACUCCUCCGCUCGAUAUCCCGCCUUCCCCUAGCGAGCAGCAAGAAGACGAUACCGCCCAAUGGGUGCUCUUCUCCCCGACCGCGCACACUCACACGACCUCGACAGAGCAUACCCGCACUGCCGGAGCAUCUCGCCUGAGCGACUUUGGCUCGUUCGGCACCGCAACUCGAUCCACUGCUGGGCAGGAGGGCGAAGCAGAUGAAGUAGACGAUGCGCUAGAUGAUCAGCUCGACGAGGAUGGGACGGAGCUCGAUAGCUUGGACGAUGGGCUCCAUGCAUUUCGUGCCCCAUCGCUGCUCCCUGUGUCCCCCGCACGGGGCGAUCAGGGACCACAGGCGAUGCUCCCUGCCCACGAUGGCCUAGGAAGUUUUCAGGCAUCCAGUCAGUUAGCUCAGGAGCAGCUCUGGCAGCACGAGCAAUAUAAUCCGCAGAGGCGCGGGGGAGUUAGCCCCAGACACCGCCGUCGGUCCAGUGUCCAGCGACACUUAGACACGGUGAACGAAGGGGACGGGGACGUCGAGCGGGACCGUUGGCAGAGAAUCGAGCAAUGGCGGAUGGACCAGAGUCGGGCACUGCUACAAGAAAUAGAGCGUGAGACCCGUCGUCAUCGGUCCAGUCAAACACAGUCCAAUGCCGUAUGUCCAGCAGAGCCAGAUGCGGAGAUGGACGAAACUUUCUGGCGCCGCGUCACGCGCAAGGUUAUCCAGGAUCUGAUCGGAAUCGACGAUUCCCUGCUCUCUGUUCUCUUCGGCGAGUCUCUGCCGCUGGACGAGCAAACUCCCGAGAACAAACCAUCAGAGCUGGACAUGGAGACCGUGCUGGCACGUGAACCUGAACCACAGAAUGUCGAUGCGCCUCUCUGGCAAACUCACGUUCUUCAACGAAUCACCCACGAGUUGGGUAUUCUGGUGCACCAGCUCUGUGAGCAUCCCGGUGCCUUCUCUACGUACUACCGAAUGACCAAGGACAUAUCGAGUGAAUAUGCGGGCAUGUCACUCAGCCGCCUCGCGGACAGUACUACCUUGCAGCGCCCCUCUGAGCCUGCGGCCGAGACCCCUGCAGAGACUACUCCCUCUGAAUCCAUGCCAUCCCUACAAUUUGCCCCAACACUUCGCGACCCUAAUCGCGAGCAUGAAGAGCAAUGGGGCAUCGAAGAUGACGAUACCAUGGGCAAUCCCGUCUCCGAGUCAACCCGUCUCCAGCAGGAACACGAGUACUGGGAGCGCGGGCUAGAUGUCAUGAUGGUCUUCCGGUACCUCCGCACGCGCUUCAGUCGCCGCGGGUACAUGUCUAGCGACAAGCACACCGCGACGCCCCCAUCGCGCCACACACAAGACGCCUCCCGCCGCGCAGCGAUCAUCCGCCAACACCAUCCCCUCGUCGCACGGGCCUACUCGCGCUCGCAGACCCAAAUCCGCCGUGCGUCCCAACUAUCAGGCGUCUCUGGCCCUGCCGGCCUCGCGUCGCCGCUGGUCCGACCGCACUUGGGCCGCCCAAGCUCCAGCUGCGCCAGCCAGAGCAAGCUCUCCGCUAUCUCCAGUCAUCGCACCCUGACGGGAUCCAGCCGGAACUAUUGGGAUAUUGGCGGAUCCGUGGAGAGUGGGAGUGCGAUUGGCGUGGGUGCUGGAGUCGGCACGUGGGGUGAAGCGUGA